AUGACUGCUGCGUGGAGAGCCGCUGGUCUUACCUACAACCGCUACCUGGCCAUCGCCGCCCGCGUUGUCCGCCGAAGCCUGAAGGAGGACAAGAGAAUCGCUGCUGAGCGCCGAGGCGAGAUGGAUUUGCGAUUCUCCAAGUGGCAGAACGGUAAGCAGGGUGAGCCCAAGAACCUCGCCGCUGCCAACGCCGCCAUUGCCGCCGAGAACGCUGCUUAA